AGAGGCGCCGCUGGGCCUCAUGCGGUUCCCAGCCGAGCCGGCGGGUAUCGGCGCCGCGCGCGCUCCGCACCUUCCGCCCGCUCCCCCCGCGCGCGCGCUGUCCGCGCGCCCGGCGGCCCCAGGCGCGGGGCAGAUGAAGUACAUCCUGGUCACGGGCGGGGUGAUCUCGGGCAUCGGCAAGGGCAUCAUCGCCAGCAGCAUCGGCACCAUCCUCAAGUCCUGCGGGCUGCAUGUCACCUCCAUCAAGAUCGACCCCUACAUCAACAUCGACGCCGGCACCUUCUCUCCGUACGAGCACGGAGAGGUGUUCGUGCUGGAUGAUGGAGGGGAGGUGGACCUGGACCUCGGGAACUACGAGCGCUUCCUCGAUAUCCGGCUCACCAAAGACAACAACCUGACCACGGGGAAGAUCUACCAGUAUGUCAUUAACAAGGAGAGGAAGGGAGAUUAUCUUGGCAAAACGGUCCAAGUUGUUCCCCACAUCACAGAUGCCAUACAGGAAUGGGUAAUGAGGCAGGCACGGAUUCCUGUGGAUGAAGAUGGCAUUGAACCCCAAGUUUGUGUGAUUGAGCUCGGGGGCACCGUGGGUGACAUCGAGAGCAUGCCUUUCAUCGAGGCCUUCCGCCAGUUCCAGUUCAAAGCCAAAAGAGAGAAUUUCUGUAACAUUCAUGUCAGCCUGGUUCCCCAGCCAAGCUCGACGGGGGAGCAGAAGACCAAACCCACCCAGAACAGUGUUCGUGAGCUCAGGGGUCUUGGGCUCUCUCCAGAUCUGAUUGUUUGCAGGUGCUCCACUCCACUGGAUACCUCAGUAAAAGAAAAGAUUUCCAUGUUCUGUCAUGUUGAACCAGAACAGGUCAUUUGUGUUCAUGAUGUCUCCUCUAUCUACCGGGUUCCUCUGCUGUUGGAGGAGCAGGGAGUUGUGGACUACUUCAGGCACAGGCUGGACCUUCCCAUUGAGAGGCAGCCCAGGAGGAUGCUCCUGAAGUGGAAGGAGAUGGCUGACAGGUAUGACCGCCUGCUUGAAACGUGUUCCAUUGCACUGGUGGGCAAAUACACCAAAUUUUCUGACUCCUAUGCAUCUGUCAUCAAAGCCCUGGAGCACUCUGCCCUGGCCAUCAACCACAAACUUGACAUUAAGUACAUCGACUCUGCUGACUUGGAGCCAGACACUCUGCAGGAGGAGCCCGUCAGGUACCACGAGGCCUGGCAGAAGCUCUGUGGUGCUGAUGGAGUUCUGGUUCCUGGUGGAUUUGGUGUUCGAGGGACAGAAGGCAAAAUUCAAGCUAUUUCCUGGGCAAGAAAACAGAAAAAACCCUUUUUAGGAGUCUGUCUGGGAAUGCAGUUGGCAGUGGUGGAGUUUGCUCGCAGUGUCCUUGGCUGGCAAGAUGCGAACUCAACAGAGUUUGACCCCAAAACUUCUCAUCCAGUGGUCAUAGACAUGCCAGAACAUAAUCCUGGGCAAAUGGGUGGGACAAUGAGGCUCGGCAAGAGGAGGACACUCUUCCAAACCAAGAAUUCAAUCAUGAGGAAGCUCUAUGGAGAUCAUGAUUUCUUGGAAGAGAGACACAGACACAGAUUUGAGGUCAAUCCAGAACUGAAAAAGUGUUUUGAAGAGCAAGGUCUGAAGUUUGUGGGGCAGGAUGAGGAGGGAGAGCGGAUGGAAGUGGUUGAGCUGGAAGAGCAUCCUUUCUUCGUUGGUGUUCAGUAUCACCCCGAGUUCCUCUCCAGGCCCAUCAAGCCUUCACCCCCAUACUUCGGGCUCCUCCUGGCAUCUGCAGGGAGACUCACCCACUACCUGCAGAAGGGCUGCAGGCUCUCCCCCAGGGACACCUACAGUGACCGGAGUGGCAGCAGCUCUCCUGACCUAGAGAUAACAGAGCUGAAGUUCCCUUCAGCAAACCACGACUGAUUCCUGGUGUGUCCUUGCUGCAGAGAGGAGUCUCCAUUAGGUUUUCCAGGUGUUCUUACAGCAGUAGCUUCAACACCCUCAGCUUUGGGCUUUCCUAACUUAUGGGUUUAUGAUUUUCGUUCUGACAUCCUGUCGCUUAUUUCCUCAGCUCUUCUGCCCUUCCUUUCUUUUCUCUAUAGAUCUGGGUUAUUUGUGGAGGAGAGUUCACAGAGGCCCCUCCAGACUUCCUUCAGUUCCUUCAGUUGCCCCAGCUUGGAGGUCAGAGCAAGCUGGGGGUGGGAUUUGCUGUGUUGAGGGGGAUCCCGUGGCACAGGGUGCCCUGGAUGCUGAGAGUGGAGUUGCUUUCUCCAGUCUUUCUGCUCCCUCCUCGGUCUUUACUUACUGGUGAAAUUAUGGAUGGCAAAAGAUUUUGGGGGCUGGCUUAGUGUCUGAGCUGGGCUGUGCUGCAGAGGGCUCUGGGCAGCUUCGUGUAGCCUUUUUGUUUGGUUUAUUUCUUUUUUAUUCAGGGUAUGGGGGAAGGGGAUGAUUUUUAGUUUUAUUUUUUUUCAGUAGCAUUUGCAAACCUUUGGCACUGGUGCUCUUGGUGCAUUCGUUGUCACUAUGAAUUUGUAAGCAGGAAGAUUUUCCUGCAAUAGUGUUACUCUGGAACAUGCUCAGCUCUGGCUGACGUGUCACUGCAGGGAUGUGAUUAACUGGGAUCGGGUUGGGGGGCAGGAGAACAAAGCUGCCAGGGAAGCCCUGACCCAGGGGGCCCCGUGAGCCCUCCCU